AUGAGAAAGAUCAGUUUCAAAGGAAUGGAAUUAUAUAUUUCAAUUAUUGCCACAAUCAAUUUUAUUGGUUUAGGCAUCUUUUAAAAUUAGCAUUUAAAGUUAAUCUCUUUUUUUUGGAUUAGAACGUAUUAAUUAGGAAAAAUAUUUCUUUUUAUAGGAUUUAUCAUUUUUGGUUUUAUGUUGGGGGCAAGAGUGUAUAAGUAAAUCAAGUUUUUAUAUAUUUAGAUAUAUUAAGUUUCUCUCAAAUUUGAAGAUAUUCCUAAUUUCAGAUAUUACAUAUUUAUUGUUUACAACUGGAUACUCAAUUAGCAUUUAUGAAGAAAUCAGUUAAUAAAAAACACGUCUGAAGGAUAAUGAAUAAUUAUAAAUUCCUAAUUAUCUUACUAUUAUUGUCCUAUUUUUUUAGAUUGUAAUUGGGAUAAAUAUCAGUAUAAAUUAUAUUCAUACAACAUGCUUCUUAAAGAUUAAUAGUAAUGAAUUCUCAUUUCUAUUUAUUCCAUUAUUUUUAUCUUUAGGAAUACUCAUCAAUGAAUUACUUAACUAUGGUUAUGAUUAAGAUAUAAGUCCACUUUAUAGCUAUAUUGCAUAAAUUAUUCCGAUUUUAAUAAGAUUAUUUGGGUCUAUAUUUUUGGCUAAACAAGAAAAGAUAAGAUAAACAGAAAAUAAUAAUAAAGUGCAUGUUAUGGGCAAUACUGAUGAAGAUAAAAAAUUAAGAGUUUUAAAGAGUUAUUUUACUUAAUACUAUCAGAUUAUUUUUCUAAUUUUAUUAACAACAUUUUCUGGAUCUAUAUUUGUUCAAUCCUAUUUUGAUAUUCUAAAUUACGUGUACAUUUAUUCUUUUCAAUAUUAUUACUAUGGUUAUUAUCAUAAUUUUGGAAUUGGUAGUUGCAAUUCUUGCUUUGGAGGUUAUUUGAUUGUUAUUCCAGGUGUGAAUUUUCUGAUAAAUAUUUUUAAUUUGGUGUUUUAGAGACACAUAAAAGUUAAGAUUCAUUUAUGUCUCUCUAUUGGAAUAUUAUGUUUGGGUUUAUUAUUAGCUAGUUACACUUAUUCAUGUGUGAGUUUAAUGUUAAUUUAAUGGGGACAUAAAUUAGGGUUAGGAACAUUUAUAUAUAAGAUAAUUCCGAUGACAUUACCAUAAAACACAAUGAUUUAAUGUUUUUCUAUAGAAUUUAUAGCAUAAUUUGUAUAAACUUGUCUUUUAAGUACGCUAUAUGCCUUAAGAAUAUAAAAUUCAGCUCAGAUUUGUUCAAAUAUUUAGAAGAUCUUUGAGGGUUAUUUUUAUUUUAAUUUAAUUGGACUUGUUUUUCUUUUAUUUUAUUGGAAAGUAUAAAUUUAGAAUAUAUUUAAUAGGAGCCAAAAGUAAAAUAACAAAAUCAAGAGAUUUAAUUCUAGUUAAUUGAUGUUAAAAAUAAUUAAUAGGAACAAUCAUGA